AUGGUGGCGCCGUCGUGGUCUUGGUUGGCAUUUUCCGGAUCGGUGGAAUCAGGUCUCACUAGUUAUGGACAUGGGCCGAACAUCUCAAUCGCGAACCCUAACUCAUUCUACCCGGAUGAGUACCAGCUUUUGUCUCUAUUAAGUCAAGCAGUAGUCCUUCCACCCGAAAGCGACCCGUUCACCUCCUUCGAACGAGCGAUUUUGAAGAUCCGAUGCCUUCUUUUGCCAACAACAUUCGCUGGCAUUCCCCACAGCGACAAGCUAUCAUGGUUCUUCCGUCAAGACUGUGAUGUCAAGUUGCCUUCAGAGGGACUAGAUCGUUUCCGGCUUCAAGAAUGUGAUCAAUUUGAUAAUAUAUAUAUCACAUUUACUUUCCAUUUCAGCAAGCCUUUAGACACGUCUUUACAAUAUUUCCUCGUCCCGCUAUAUGUCAGUCUGGAGCCAAUGAACCAGUUUUCUCGGCCCCAUGUUUGUGGACUCGUGCUGCAGAACGGUCGAAGCCAGGGUAACGAAGAAUAUACCAGGGUAGGAAGCUGGAAAGAGGAUUAUCGUUUCUCAUCUCAGCUCAGCCCUAGUAUUAGCAACACGAUCAUCAAACUCGGCGUUGGUAAGAAGUCGACCUUGCGUGAUAGAAGCCUUACGAAAAAUGAGCGUGUUUUUGACUCAGAGCUUCGCAAGUACGCAAAGCGUCAUGUUGCCUCAAAAGUGCAGUUUCCUAUGCCGGUUGUCAAAAAGGCGAUGCAGUAUCAGCCAGAUACUGGAGAAGUGGAGAAGAAAGCCGGCGUUUCGGGACCCGAAGCCAUUAAGCAGGAGGCAAAUGAAGCAGAUGAGGAUGAAGGGCCCUUUUUCAGCGAUAAGUGGAUCAAGUGUUCGUUGCUACCGCAUUUCACUACAGCAAAAUGGGGCACGAUCUCCUAG